AGUUCGCCAUCUAGUUUCCUUAAAGGAGUUAUAAUUUGGGUAGUAUUAUUACUGUCCUUAGGUCAAUAUGCCAGGAGAAAACGGAGAAACCUAUGCUGAAAAAAGCAAGAAGCAAAUAGCAAUCAUAGGUGCCGGAGUAAGUGGUCUUCUUGCAUGCAAACAUGCACGGGAACAGGGAUUUGAUCCAAUAGUCUUUGAAUCCUCGAAUGGUAUUAUUGGCGGACUAUGGUCCUACACCAUUAAGUCCACUAAGCUUCAGACUCCCAAAGAAUUUUACCAAUUCUCAGAUUUUGCAUGGCCAGAGUCAGUCACAGAGACCUUCCCUCGUCACGAUCAAGUCAAGGACUAUAUUGAAUCAUAUGCCCUUCACUUCAAUAUCCUUCCCCAUAUUCAGUUUAACUCCAAGGUAGUUAGCAUUGAUUACCGCGCCUAUGAGGAUGAUGGUUGUGAUGAGGGUCUGUGGGGUGGCACAGGCCAGGCAUUCUCUCCUAAACGCAAAUGGCUUGUCACAGUACUUAAUAUGCUCUGUCCCCUGGACCAACAUAAGGUUUAUGAAGUUGAUUUCGUCAUCAUAUGCAUUGGAAGGUUCAGUGGCCUGCCAAAUAUCCCCCACUUUCCAAUGAACAAAGGGCCGGAGGUGUUUGAUGGUAAGGUUAUACACUCCAUGGAAUAUGCUGAAAUUGGAAGUGUUCGUGCAACUGCGAUGGUAAAAGAUAAGCAUAUCACUGUUAUUGGAUUCCAAAAAUCAGCAAUAGAUCUUGCAGCAGAAGUCGCCAGACUAAAUGGAGUGGAACAUCCGUGCACACUGCUACUUAGGACGGUAAAUUGGACAAUACCCGAAGACUUUUUGAAAAUAUCUUUUCGGAAUUUGAAUAGAUUCUCAGAGUUUAUGAUCCACAAGCCUGGUGAAGGAUUUUUUCUGUGGUUCUUGGCAAUUUUACUUUCACCUCUGCGAUGGAUAUUGACAAAGUUUGUGGAAAGUUAUCUCAAAUUGAUAUACCCAUUGAAGAAGUACAAUAUGGUUCCAGAACACGGCUUUCUUAGACAGAUAUCUGCUUGCAAAUUCCCAGUCUUGCCAGGUGAUUUCUACAAGAGGGUUGAAGAAGGGAGCCUUAUCUUAAAGAAGUCUAAAAGUUAUUGCUUCUGUAAAACAGGACUCAUCAUUGAUGAUGAGGAGGAAAAUCUUCUGAAAACAGACGUUGUCAUCUUUGCAACUGGAUAUAGAAGCGAUGAUAAGCUUUGUGAUAUUUUCGCCUCAACCUAUAUUCAGAAAAGAAUCGUUGGCUCUUCAGCUCCCUUCUACCGUGAGUGCAUACAUCCGCAUAUCCCACAGCUUGCAAUACUUGGGUAUUCUGAGGGUCGUGCAAUGCUAUACACCACCGAGAUACAAAGCAAAUGGCUAGCUCAUUUCCUUGCAGGAAAAUUUAAGCUACCAACAAUAAUGGAAAUGGAAGAAGAUGUCCUGAGAUGGGAGAAGUGUAUGCAACAUUACGCUAGUACAUACUACAAAAGAUCCUGUGCGAGUUUGUUGCUACUGAUAUACUUCAAUGAUCUAUUGUGCAGGGACAUGAAUUUGAAUCCCAGAAGAAAGAAAACACUGUUGAGUGAACUAUUUGCCCCUUAUAAGCCUUCUGAUUACCAAACAUCUAUUUAGUUUCAGCACAACAAUGUUUUGUCAAGCCAUCUUUAUUGUACCAAGAAAAUAAGAAGUGCCAAAGUAGAACAUAAGGCAAUUUUCUUGAAUUGGGAGUUUUAUAAUCUUCUUUGUUCCCUAUAACAUUAGGUUUUUCUUUUUACAAUGAAUGGAAAUGUAGUUUCUUACUUGGAGCUGCUUAUGUUAUUAGGCUGAAAUCUAAUAUAGUUACAAAGUGCUGCUUGGAGUGUUCUAUGAUUUACUAUUGUCCA